CGUAGAAACAGGAAGUACAAGUGAAGCUACAGCAAAACAAAACAAAACUGAUGCGAAAUCAUCUAAAAUAGAUAGCUUUGAGUAAAAAUGGACACUGUAGAUACACGGUCAACAAGUAACGAUUCGCGCUGCGUAUUUUUUAAUACACAUUCCGAAGACUAUCGAUGCGUGGUGAUUUUAACAGUAAAACGAGCCACAGGCACCAUCUCCUUAGCAGGAUGUCUCUUCAUGCUGUUUGUGAUUUGGCUGCUUCGCAGAUAUCACUCUUUGGCUCAGAAGAUGAUUCUCAGCCUGACUGUCGCCGCCUUUUUCGACAGCGUAGCAUAUGUCAUGGGUGAUUCACAUCCAGAGGGGUCUCUUUGUGACUUCCAGGCCUGGUGGCUAACUUACUUUGACUGGAGUGCCUUGGCCUGGGUUUGCCUCAUCACUUUGAACCUGUACCUCAACCUGGUCCGAGAAAUUAGCACCAACAGAUUUGAGAUGUUUUACCAUCUGGUGGCGUGGGGGGUCCCUCUGGUCAUGGCCUCUUUACCCCUGCUGAAGGGUUACUACGGCCCCGCGGGAGCCUGGUGCUGGAUCACAGACGAUCACGUAGCCUGGAGAUUUGGGAUAUGGUACCUGCCGCUGUUCUGCCUCAUCUUUCUGAUGAUCUGCUGCUACGCCAGGAUCAUCUGCGUGGCCAAUAAGAGGUUGCAGUCAUGGCUGGGAACCUUCAACCCAGAGAGGGAGAGACGAAAGGUCACAAGCCAGUUGGGGAUGACUUUCUCGACCCUGAGGUCAACCGCCGCGGCCG